UUCCUCCCCGAAGCGCAGCGUCGUCGUUGUUGUUGUGGUGGAAUAAUAAUGGCGGCGGCUGGAGGCGGAUUAACUGCCUCGGUUGCUCUCCUCGCGGGGGCGAGUCCGACCGCCCCGGCGCGGUGUCGCUUCCCGGGUCGGCCGUGUCCGUCCCGCGGUCGUCAGAAGACAGGCAGGCGCUGUAGAGUCGGCCGGCUGGGGCUGGAUGCGGCGGCGGCGGUGGCGGGCGGCCCGAGCGAGCCGAGGCCCGUUAGCAUCGAGCUAACGCUGCGGGAGGACCCGACUCUGCUGCGCGUGCUGGGGCUGCACGAGCGGCGCGCGCGCCAGAACGACGCGGGUUUCUGCACGAGCGGCAGCGACGAGGAGGGAGAUUUCACAGGCUUCAGGACUGAUCGUCGAUCAGCUUUACGCUCUGGACAAGAUGUUACACAAAAAAGUUCUCUUAAAUCAUCCUCAUCUUCCAAGGAGAAGCCAUCUCUUGCCGCUGAUCCGUCUGCAAACAACAAAGUCAGCGCCGCAAGAAAAGGUUUACGAGUGACGGCGGAAAUGGAGAGCGCGUCUUCCUCGGAGAGACACAAGAGAAAUGGUGGAAACCGGCAAGAUGACGAUGUCGUGAAGCCCAAACUAGCCGGCAAGAAUCUGCCGAGGGAAAGCGCUUCGCACAGGAGUCGAUGGAAAACACCUGAGAAGGAAGAAAAUGGAGACAUGGAAGACGAGGUAUUGGGUGAGCCCGGCGUGGACUCUAAAGGACAGGAGGAGAAGCAGCGGGGCCGUGCUGGUCGAAUGAGUGGAAAUAAUGAGCUUGUGAGGAAUUUAAAGCUAGCGAAGCAGAGAAGAAGACAUUCCCAGGAAGACCUGGCUGAGAACUUGGGAAGACGUCCACUCAGGGGGCAAGUGAGGACUGGCGAAUCUGGUCAGAAUGCUUCUGCGCCUCCGAAACCCUCUGUGAAGGUCUCUCAGGAAGGGGAAGAACACGAACAUGUAGUUUCUACUGAUGGAGAUGAAGGCAUGCCAGCGAAAGACAGUAGCCCGCAUUUUCACGAACGUUCUCCGUGUGCCUUAAAGCGACGCAAAUCUGUAUUUGGUUAUCGUAGAAGGCCGGGGCAGGAGCCGUCGAGCCAAGCGAAGGAGGCUCUGUCGUCGGUCGAGAAAAUCCCGAGGAAAAGGCGACGGCUUGUCUGUUACACCUACGAAGCAGCGGAGGAAGCGCCGGCGAAUCAGGAGCCUCCGCCGCAGGUGCCGACUCGGCAGGGAAUCGCGGACGGCGUGGUUAGUACUCGGCCUUCCCGGGUGAUCAGGGUACCGAAGCGGUUCAUGGACGAUGAAGGAAUGUCUGGCCUGCUGGGAAAAAAGUUUGUCCGACCUGACAAUCAGAACGGCGAGUCUUUGAGCGAGUCCGAGGAAGCGAACCUUUCCCCGUCGUCGAGGUCAGGAAACAGACAAAAGGGCGCCAGCAAAAGAGACGAUGUAGGGGACCGCGUGGAACAGUCUGCAGAACGGAAGCCAAGCAGUCCGACGGCCGGCGGUCCUAAAAAGAAAGUCGGAAGACCCGUUUAUAACGCAAAUCCUCUGAAGAUCUACGAGAGUUUGAAGAUGCUGACAGCAAGCCUGACUCAGAGGAAAGAGCAGCGAUUGGCGAGUGCGCGGUUCAAAGCGCUCGGUGAAAGAGGAGAAGGUGAGAAGCUUAGUGGCCUGGAAGCUGAAUCUCCUCCUGCUUCUGGAGAGCCGAGGAAAUGGGCAGGCGCUGAUAUAAAGCUCGGCAAUCUGAACUGUCCAGGAAUUGUUCACAAAGUAGCCAUACAUGCUGACGAUCAGGUGAUCAGUCAGUCAGAAACCAAAGCACAAGCAGACAGAAUCUGUGUAGAGGGCGCUACCGGCGUACAAAGCACGGACUCCGAAAAGUCCGAAGUGGUGCUGUCGCAGGGCGGCUCAAUCCACAGGAUCAACCUCUCUGGCGCCAACAGGAGGAUGCUUCACUUACUGAAGCGCGCCAAGGUGCAGCUGAUUAAAAUCGACCAGCAGAAACAGAUGAAGUCCGCUCAGUUGAUGUCCGGUACGGUUCGUAUCGGAGAAGGUGGCUUCAUGAGCAUGAAGAGCAGAAGGAGACAGAGAAUAGUCAGGACAAACAAGGAAGAAGCUUCUCAGGGCCAGCCGAUUGGAGGUCCACGCAUAAAGCACGUGUGUCGGGCGGCAGCAGUGGCACUUGGACAGCCCCGCGCCAUGGUACCUGAGGACAUCCCCAGACUUAGUGCCCUGCCUCUACAUGAGAGAGAAGGCAUUGCACCCUCACAAGAAGAAGAAGAUCUCGGAUCUCACUCAGAACCAGAGAGCACCGGUUCUGUUGAAGCGAGACCAGUGUACAGAAAUAGAAGUUUUAACCUGAGACAGCGACGCUGCUUUAACUGCAAGGGCUGUUGUCGGGAAGAGGACUGUGGGACUUGUGUCUUCUGUCUGGAUAAACCCAAGUACGGAGGACCCAACAAGAAACGUCAGAGCUGCAUACACAAGAAGUGCUUGAGGAUUGAAGAGAACAAAUUGAGACGAUUGAAAGUUCAGAUGAAGCGACGGGCCAUGUACGCCCAAGCCCCUUCUUACAGUGGCGGAGAGGAAGAGGGCGAGGGAGAUGGCGCGGGAGACGCCCGAAGCACUGACGCGCCAGGCUCCGUCCGGAGGCGGCCCAAGCGCCAGGUUACACGACGAUGCUUCAGCAACUUGCUCGAGUCUGACUCGACCGACGCGGACGCUUCUGGUGAAGACGUAGCAAAGGAACAGAGCAGUAGUGAUCCAAGUACUAAAGCUAAUGAUGCUGGUGUAAAUCCUGAUGUUCAAGACGAGGCAGUGAAACCGCGAAGGCCCGGCGUCCCGAGAGGACUGUGGGGGCGGCGACGAAUUAAUAAGCUCCAGAGCUGCCCUACCUCACAGGCCCCGGAGCGCUCAGCGACAGGAAGUCCAUCUGUAAAGCUCAGGCUCAAGUUCCAGCUGCGGCUACAUAGACUACCACUUAGCACGGUGCGAGCCGCUGAAGUGUCUUCGGUGCCUGUCCCGGUGCCUUCCUCCCAGCCUGAUGAGAAAAAAGCACAAGAAGAAGAGGCCCGUAGAGCAACGGGGGUUGUGAAGGGGGGAGCUCUGGAGCAACCUCUUACUGACCCCUGUGUUCCUCAUUCCCAGAGCUCUGUGGAGCACACGGCACCCAGCGUCCUGGCCACAGUGGCCAGAGGCUUUGCGCACCGGGAACGACAAGCACAAGAGCCAGCGCACAAAAUCAGGGUCGACUUUAAGGAGGACUGCAACAUUGAGAAUGUCUGGGCGAUGGGGGGGCUGAGUGUCCUCGCGUCCGUUCCAAUCACAGCGGAGUGGUUGUGUCUGCUGUGUGCUAGUAAAGGCCAUCACGAUAUGAUAUUUUGUCAGAUGUGCUGUGAGCCGUUCCACCGCUUCUGCCUUCCAGUAGACGACCGUCCGCAGAACGAUACCAAGCAAAACUGGUGUUGUAAACGCUGCAAAUUCUGCCACGUCUGUGGUUGUAAGGGCAAACAGGGGAAGCCGGUUUUACAGUGCAAAAGAUGCUUUUACUGCUACCACCCAUCAUGCCUAGGCCCGACGUAUCCCAAACCUGUGAAGUGUAAUACAUCUUGGGUGUGCAUGUUGUGUAUACGGUGCAAAAGCUGUGGGGUGACCCCAGGGAAAUCCUGCACAUCUUGGAAUCAUGAGCUGGAUCUCUGCCCUGACUGCAGUAACCUCCACAAGCAAGGAAACUUCUGCACAGUGUGUCUCAAGUGCUAUCCUGAGCACGAAUUUGACAAGAAGAUGAUGCAGUGCGCUCGCUGUGCCCACUGGGUGCACCCCAAGUGUGAGGGACUCACGGAUGACUUGCAUGAGAUCCUGAAGAGGUUGCGAGGGAAAAGUUUGGUGUUUUCCUGCGCAGCCUGCAGUAAAAACUUCCCCAGUGGCUGGCAGGAGGUGGUGCAAAGUGCACUGCGCAGUGGAUUAGAGAAGAUCAUGAUGGGUUUGAUGAGCUCCCUGACCACAUGCCACCUUCACAAAUGCUCAGAGUGUGAAUCCUGGCCUGAUGCUGACGUCAUGAAGACAAGGAAGGUGGUCUGUGAUCUUCAUGCUGUAAAGAGAAAGCUUGAAGACGGCUUGUAUACAUCGUUGAAAGCAUUUCACGAGGACGUGGUGGCCGUCCUGGUAAACCAGCUACAGCAAGAAGAAUCCCUUCCAGAAGAUCAGAGGCCCACCGGCCAAGCCAGAGCUUUAUAUAUAAAAUUACUGGAGCAAACUUUUACUUGGUUCGACAGUCAGGACCCUAAAGCGUGGAAGCCUGCACUGAAAGAGUUUCCGAGUGGUAUGCUCCCGGAGGCGAUAAUCCCCCCAUCUGAAGAGCACAGUUAUGCCCAGUGGUUGAAGGAGCACGACCAUGCCAUGGCGAAGGAGAACCAAGAAAACCUUCAUCUGAAAGCACAAGGAAAAGAUCCUCUGAGCAUUAGUCAGUUGGGUGUAGAUAAAAGACAUUGUUCCCUUUGUCAGCAGCAGGGUGACGCCAAACCCACUGAAGCAGGAAGGCUGCUGUACCUGGGCCAGAAUGAGUGGGCUCAUGUGAACUGCUGUAUCUGGUCUGCUGAGGUGCAAGAAGUCAGAGGCGCGUUGGUGCACGUGCACAGCGCUGUAGCCAGAGGACGUUUCCUGCGCUGUGAGCGAUGCAGUCAGCCCGGGGCGACGGUGGGCUGCUGUCUCUCCUCCUGUCAGAGUAAUUACCACUUCAUGUGCGCUCGAGCCAGCCACUGUGUCUUUCAGAGCGAUAAGAAAGUCUACUGUUACAAACACCGCGACCUCAUCAGCAACAAGGUGAUGAAUGGAUUCGAGGUGCUCAGACGAGUCUAUGUGGAUUUUGAAGGCAUUAACCUUCGAAGAAAGUUCCUAACAGGCUUGGAACCAGAUUCCAUUAAUGUUAUGAUUGGCUCUUUACAGAUACACACACUGGGUGUGCUGACAGAGUUGUCUUCAAAUGCAGGAAGAUUGUUUCCUGUGGGUUACCAGUGCGCUCGGUGGUACUGGAGCACAAUCGACCCACGAAAGCCAUGCAAGUACACCUGCAGAGUGAUGGAAGUACAACCAUUAUCACCAAGGAAAGUGCCACAUCUGGGGCAAAACCAGGAAGAGAACUGCACUAUUGCACACAGUCCAAAAUCACAUGAAGAUAUGGACACUACAGAGGAUGAUCUUGCCAUGCAGCUCACUCCUAGCACACCAUCUCCCAACUCCAAACCAGACUCAGGAACAGGAUCUAAAACGCCUGGGCACCCACACAGCAGGAGACCAGCUGGUGGGACUUUCAAGCCGUUGCCAUCACCAGGGAUUGCAGAUUCUUCUUCCCAUCACAUCCUGACCAUCAAUGAUCUUGACGAGACUCGCCGGUCAAGAAGGAUUUCUUUACGCAGCCGAAAUGCUUCACCUCCCCAUACAUCCCCCACCGGGCCGACGAAAUUGUGUCCAGGUGGUGGUCUACUCCCUAGAUCACUCCCAUUUAGCUCACCUAUCUCUCCACUUGGGGCGCAUGAAAACUCCAUGAAUUCUCCAUCACCUCGCCGCAGGGGCCGCCCUCCUUCCUCUCCCUCUGGUGCUACUUCAGCAUACUCCCCUCGGCAAGGUUCAGUUGCGAGCCCUCCUUCGACAUUCGUCUUGUCACCAUGUCACUCUCCAAAGAUUCAACAGCAUUUGAAGAUAACGCCAAAAGAGUCCGCAGAGGUGCCUCAAGAUUUUUCAAGUUCUUUAGAGCCUGAAUACGCUGCUGGGAUGCCGGAGGAGGGCAUCUCUAUGAUGGCAGUUAUGAACGAUGGUGAUACGGCGACUCUUUCUUCAGACCAUGAGUUGCUCUCUACGCCGUUCGAUCCUGAUGCAGAUGUAGCCGUUGCCUCUGUGCUGAACGAAAAACUUGAAUUCGAUGAAGCUUUGCUUAAUGAGAAUGUGGCUUUGCACUUUGGUCAGCAUGGAAAUGGGGCAGAAAUGGCCGAGCAGGGACUUGAGCAUGGGUCAAAUGAUGAAAGUUCUGAUCAUUAUUUUAAUUUCUCUCGCACAGUAGUGGUCUGCGAUUCUGCUAAGGAUUCUGCACAGACUGGGUUAACGCACCUCCCUACCUUGCAGUCGAUCUCUCAGUUGGACGGCGCAGACAACAAUUCAGAAAGUGAUGCUGGUGAAGGCAGUGGAGAGGACAAUACUCAGGAUGUAGCAAAUAGCUAUCACAGUCAGGACACAUCCAAGGACACUGCUUCAGUGGGAAGCAAUUUAGUUUGUUCUAGUGGGUCUUAUAUGACCGAGUCUGUCCAUAUGAGCGAUGAACCAAACAUGUUAGAGAAAUUUCAGGGAUCAGCUUGUGUCAUGCAGAAGAGUGAUGAUGUAAUUGUCAACUCCAUUGUUGAUAGAUUCACGCUGAAAGAAGGUACAUCGAUGACUGAUUCAGUGGUCCCAGUGAUGCAGCAGACACCCGAGGCAGAUGCACUAGAUGUGGCGUCAUCAUCUCCUGUCUUUGACUCAAGCAGACUUGACGUUCUAAUGGACACUGAGCCACUUGCUCACUUGAAUGAGGUGGUGCUGGAUUCAGCUAGUGGUGAUGCGUGCUCUGCUCAAGAUGGAGGCAUGAUGAAUAAACCUGACUCAGUCAGCCAUAAGAAAGCACCAGAGCAGAUUGUCCUUCCAGAAAAACCUCCUUUGAGCAAUGUUGGAAAAGUGAGAAUCAUCACUUCUGGGCAGGCCCCACAUAGACAUUUUGUCAUCCCACAGCCUGUUGUGCAACACAGAGUAGUCAGCAUGGCUGUACCUUCUGUUGUGUCAUUGCCUCAAUCUAUAAAUCUUAGCACUGUCUCCACUUCACAUGCUUUCUCAGUUUUUCCACAAAGAAGCCGCUUGGUCACUACUUCUCCAGUUGUUUUAAAUGGUCUGGAGUCUCAGCUCAAGGAUGCAACAAAGGGUCGACCUCUUGUCAUCCGUUUUCCUACCUCUGCAAAAACAAGCGUGUCUAGUACUUCGACUAGCCCGCAAGUUUUACUUGUCAACCGCACUGGUCAAAUUUUAAUAAAAGACCCCAAGACCAAUAGUUACCUGACACCUAGUGCUAAUUCAUCGUCUUAUAGCCACAUCAGCGAGAUUGCUAAGAUCAUCCACAAUCAUAACCUUGUUCAAAGACCUGUCAUGGUGACCCAAGUACCACAGGCAAGUUCCAGCCAAGUUCCAACCACACGUGUGGUAUCGUUCACUAAUGGUGCCGCACCCGCAACUAAAUACUUGAUCAGCAGGAUUGCUCAGAAACCUUCACCAGUACAAUCGAACAGCGGCAGUGUACCUAUAAGAGAAACUGGUGGCGUGAAGCUAAAGAAUGUGUCCGUGCCAGGUAUACCAAACCAAGGGGAGGAUGCACAGGCAAUACUCGAGAGAGCCAUGGCAAGCCACAGGGACAUGGCAAACCCUAGUGUGCUGAGCCCAUCCCCCUGCCAGGUCUACUCGGUCCAUAAUAAGCUACAGUCUUCUGAGUCUCCUUGUGCAGUUAAACAGGUUCCAGAAUUGCAAAACCAGCCUAAGACCAACAUUCUCUCUAAUUCAAGGCCUCAGGUCAGGGUCAAAAGGGUGUCGUCAUUAUCAGAACGAACUGGUUUUAAACAGGCCACCUUCACAGAGCCAACAGUUCUGAACUCUCAGGAUGAGCUGAACAGAUCAGCCAGAGUCCGCAUUAAAGCCCCAACCAUUAAGGAGGUGCUGCAUUUUAAACGUUCAGAAGUUGAAAAUCUUUGUGAACCAAAGAGUAACGAAGCCAAAGAAUCUGAAAUCAAAAGAAGUAUUCCAAAGGAAGGUGAUCCCUGUGAACGACAGGAAAACGGAAGAAGCCAUGACACAAAUCAAGCAUGGGUCAGCUCCCAAAACAGUGACUUGUCCGACUGGUGCCCUUGUUCAGAAUUGAGUUCAGACGAUGAUUCUUCACCGCCAUUUAAGAACAACCAAGAUGGGCAGUCUAGUCAGUAUAAGCGUCAUUUGAUGUUUAAAAUUACCAGUGACGAUGGCUUCAGUGUGGAGGCAGAUAGCAUAGAGGUGGCUUGGAAGGCAGUGGUGGAUGGUGUCCAAGAGGCGCGGACAAACUACAGGCUUGAACAGCUGCCUAUGGGCAGGAUGAGUGGGGCCAGAGUACUGGGUGUGGUUCACAAUGCUGUGCAGUUCUUGCUGGAGCAGCUGCAGGGGGCCUCGCGGUGCUACAAUCAUCGCUUCCGUUUCCACCAACAAGAAAAAGCUGAGGAAGAGUUACCGAUAAACCCAAGCGGCUGUGCUCGUGUCGAAGUCUAUACACGGAAAAACACGUUUGAUAUGUUCAACUUCUUGGCCUCCCAACACCGCCAGCUUCCUGAGAGCAGGCCUUGUGAUGAAGAUGAAGACGAUGUCAAGCUCAAAUGCAGCAGACGUGCAACCAGCACAGAGUUGCCAAUGGCAAUGAGGUUCAGACACAUUAAGAAAACAUCUAAAGAAGCUGUUGGAGUUUAUAGAUCUGCGAUUCACGGACGUGGACUUUUCUGCAAACGCAACAUAGAAGCUGGAGAGAUGGUGAUCGAGUACGCUGGUAAUGUCAUUCGUGCAGUCCUGACUGAUAAGCGGGAGGACUAUUACAGCAGUAAGGGUAUCGGCUGCUACAUGUUUCGCAUCGACGACUUCGACGUAGUGGAUGCUACCGUGCACGGCAACGCGGCACGUUUUAUCAACCACUCGUGUGAGCCAAACUGUUACUCGAGGGUCAUCAACGUGGAAGGACAAAAGCACAUCGUUAUCUUCGCGCUGAGGAAGAUCUACCGCGGGGAAGAGCUUACGUAUGACUACAAAUUCCCCAUCGAAGACGCCAGCAACAAGCUGCACUGUAACUGCGGCGCGAGGCGAUGUAGACGCUUUCUCAACUGAGAGGAGGGUCCGAAGAAAGGCCUGAAUAUAGGGGGGGGACAUGUUUUAGAUCAUUGAUGUCUUUUCAAAAUUUAUUCCAGUUUUCUUGAGUCACUCAACAGGAGAGCACACAUUUGUAACUAGCCUUCACACAAGAAGGUGAAAUUGUUGGCCAUGCAGUUUGGGAGUUAAACCUUCAUUAUGUCAAUCAGAACAACACUGUCCAACCUUGUGUGUAUGUGAACUCGUUAAUAUUGAAGUUGUGCUUUCCUGAAAGUGUGAUAUGACGUAGUAUGAGAAAAGCUAGCCUUCUUCCUCCCCUCGUCAGUCAUGUGACUAGGAAGCGCUAGCCUGUGUGCAUUUAGUGUGCUUGGCUAUGAUAUGAAGGUGCAUGAGUCUCAGUUUAAUUUCUCACGUCCGUAAAAGUUCCCCCCGUUACGUCCGUGGUAAAUUUUUGCUAGAAAGCCCCUUUUUUCCCUUUUUAAACAACUUCCUUUUCUUGUUGAAGUCCAGUUAAUGCUAAAGCUAUAGCGCUUGCACCUCAAUACUCCAGGGCUCUCGAUUGAAACGAACAGUAUUGUAUUUUUUUUUUUUUUUUUUAAAUGCGUCCUUGCUACUGAUUUCGAAUCCGCCGUUUGCACCUUAUUGUUGUAGCUCCUGUAUUUUUUAUUCAGAGAGAAGCUGAAUCAUUAUCACGUUACUGUUUCUACUAGACACACCAUACAUGGUUAAGUAAGCGUUUUUAAUGAAGCCAAUUUUCACCACAUAUACAAAAUCUAUUUUUCACAAACUGACACAAAUUUUGAUUGUCUUGUUGAGCUGAGAUCUAGCCAGCUCAACUCUUACUGAGAUUUAACUGCAGCUUCCAACUCUUACAUACUUGUACAGUUUAUUUUUUUACCCCUCAUAUUUUGAAGUGUAAGAAAACGGGGUGUAUGUAAACGGAAGGUGUUUGGUGGAAAAGUAAUUUUAAGAUUUUAAAGUAAAUAGCUAGUUUUUAUUUUUAAACCCCCCAACCCCCUGCCUACCCGGACGUUGACCCAUUAAUAGCUAACCCUGUGAAAUCUUCCAGCUGUAACCAGCACAAUCACAGCAGAUGUAUAAGACAAGUGAAAGCAUACACCUGUUAAAGUUUGAGAAGUUAAACACCUCAUCUGAAGAUAGAAUCAUGGUGUUUUUUUUUUUGUUUUUGAAAAUUCUCUCACCUGUAAGUAAUACCGGAGUCUUUGAAAGUUUUCUACCUCAGUGGCUAAUGACCAGUGACGGCUAGUGGAACAUCACGAACAGUAGCCAUAAGACUUUGCUAACCUGUUCUACACUAGCAGUAAAUGUAUGCAAUGUGACUGCAGGUUAUUAUUAUUAAUUAUUGUAAUUAUAUAUAUUGCUUUCAACAGGCUUCAGGUCCUUACUUGUUUGUGUACAAAAUGUUUUGUGAAGAAGGAUUGACUCGAGAAUUUAGCUCGAGAAACUGCUUCCAUGUUAUUUGGCACAAUCCUUUGUAAAUAGUUGUACAGAACCUUCAAAUGUUUUUUCUUUUUUCCUUUUUUAAUGCACUUUUUUUUAUUUAUAAUGUUUAAAUUUAAUAAAGAAUCUGUU